CUGUGAAAAACUCACCACCACCAUAACUGCCACCGCUCACAGUGCAUGGCCUCAGCCUUAAAAAAAGCUUUUCACCAUCUGUCAUAAAUUUUAUUUCUUCACCAUUUAUCUUUUUCCUUGAUGUUCACAUGCAUGGUUUCAUCAAACUAAAAGAAAUAUUCAACAGUUUGGUGUAAAGUGUAAGCAAGCCUCACACAAACCUCCAUUGAAAGUUGAAACCUUCUCUCUCACAUGCAUGUUGUCUCCUGGAAGUGUGGCUUUUCACAGUUUCCAUUGAAAGUCUCAACAAACCCUUUCUUUCUUUCUUUCAAGUUUCAACCUGUUUGAUCUUAGUCUUCCCCACCUUGGGUUCAGGCCAUUUUCAGACCUUCAAAUGGCAAUGCCUACCCUGUUUGCAGGGACCCAUUUCUUGUUCUUCUAUCUGUUUGUUUUUAGAACACUCUUGGUCACCUCAUUGUCACCUGAUGGAGAGGCUCUUCUUUCUCUUUUAUCAGCUGCUGACCCAUCUGCAAAAGCUUCUUCACCAGUGCUCUCUUCAUGGAACCCAAAGAGCUCAACCCCAUGUUUAUGGCAAGGGAUAACGUGUUCUCCACAAAAUAGAGUUAUCUCCCUCUCACUGCCCAACAUAUUCCUCAAUAUCUCUUCUUUGCCCUCACAGCUUUCCUCUCUUUCUUCCCUGCAACUUCUCAAUCUCUCAUCCACCAAUAUUUCAGGCUCAAUCCCUCCUUCUUUUGGCAAACUAGUUCACCUUCGCCUUUUAGACCUUUCCUCUAACUCUCUCACAGGUUCCAUUCCUCAGGAGCUCGGUCAGCUUUCCUUACUACAGUUCCUUUUCUUGAAUUCAAAUGGAUUAAGUGGAGGGAUUCCUCCACAGCUAGGUAACCUCACUUCAUUACAAGUUCUUUGUCUACAAGAUAAUCUCCUCAAUGGCUCAAUACCAUCUCAAAUGGGUUCAUUGGUUUCUCUCCAACAGUUUAGAAUUGGCGGCAAUCCUGAUCUAACAGGAGAAAUCCCUACACAGUUAGGCUUACUUACCAAUCUGACCACAUUUGGGGCAGCCGCCACUGGACUUUCUGGUUCCAUUCCAUCAACAUUUGGUAACUUGAUCAACCUUCAAACACUGUCUCUUUAUGAUACUGAGGUAUCUGGUUCGAUACCACCUGAACUGGGAUUAUGUUCAGAGUUGAGGAAUCUGUAUUUACAUAUGAACAAGCUGACUGGUUCUAUUCCACCUCAGUUGGGCAAGCUUCAAAAGGUUACUAGCUUGCUUUUAUGGGGUAACGCAUUGACAGGUUCAAUCCCAGCUGAGAUAUCCAACUGUUCAUCACUUGUUGUGCUUGAUGCUUCAGCUAAUGAUCUUUCUGGCAAAAUACCUAGUGAUAUUGGAAAGCUUGGUGUUCUUGAGCAGCUUCACUUGUCUGAUAAUUCCUUAAUUGGGUUGAUUCCUUGGGAGAUAAGCAACUGUUCGAGUUUGACUACACUUCAACUCGACAAGAAUAAAUUAUCUGGUGCAAUUCCAUGGCAGAUUGGUAACUUGAAACAAUUGCAGAGUUUCUUCUUGUGGGGCAAUUCAGUUUCAGGAACAAUCCCAUCUUCUUUUGGGAACUGCACUGAACUUUACUCCAUUGAUCUUUCCAGGAACAAGCUUACUGGUUCAAUACCUGAAGACAUUUUCAGUUUGAAGAAGCUCAGCAAGCUUUUGCUUCUUGGAAACUCUUUAUCAGGGAAGUUGCCGAGAAGUGUUUCAAAUUGCCAGUCACUGGUGAGGUUAAGGCUUGGAGAAAACCGGCUUUCAGGGCAGAUUCCGAAGGAGAUCGGCCAACUGCAGAACUUAGUGUUCCUCGACUUAUAUAUGAAUCAUUUCACAGGUAGUCUUCCUUCUGAGAUUGCCAACAUCACAGUUCUUGAGCUAUUGGAUGUUCACAACAACCACAUUAAUGGAGAAAUCCCAUCUCAGCUUGGGGAGCUUGUGAAUUUAGAGCAGCUUGAUCUUAGUCGAAACAGCUUCACUGGAGCAAUUCCGUUGAGUUUCGGUAAUUUUAGUUACUUGAACAAGCUGAUUCUCAACAGCAAUUUAUUAACAGGGUCUAUCCCGAAAUCGUUUCAGAAUCUGCAGAAACUUACUCUGCUUGAUUUAAGCUACAAUAGACUCUCUGGUGAAAUUCCAUCUGAGAUUGGUUAUAUAACAAGUUUAACAAUCAGUUUGGAUUUGAGUUCCAAUAUGUUUACCGGUGAAAUACCGGAAUCAAUGUCUGGUUUGAGACAGUUACAGUCACUUGAUCUGUCUCAUAACAUGUUACAUGGAAGAAUCAAGGUAUUAGGUUCCCUUACUAGUCUCACUUUUUUGAAUAUCUCAUUCAAUAAUUUCUCAGGUCCUAUACCUGUAACACCUUUCUUUAGGACUCUUUCCUACAAUUCUUAUCUGCAAAACCUGAAUCUAUGUGAAUCCGUCGAUGGGUCCACUUGUUCAUCGAGCCUAAUGCGAAAAACCCGAUUAAGAUCAGCCAAAACAGUUGCUUUAGUCUCAGUGAUCCUUGCAUCAGUUACCAUUGCAGUCCUUGCUUCAUGGUAUUUAGUUACAAGGAACCAUAGGUACAUGAUGGAGAAAUCAGCAGGAGCUUCAUCAUCUUCACCAGGAGCUGAAGACUUCUCAUAUCCAUGGACUUUCAUUCCAUUCCAAAGGCUCAAUUUCACCAUUGAUAACAUCUUGGACUGUCUAAAAGAUGAGAAUGUGAUUGGAAAAGGCUGUUCCGGGAUCGUCUACAAAGCAGAAAUGCCAAAUGGGGAAUUGAUUGCAGUGAAAAAGCUUUGGAGAACAAAGGACGACGAAGAGCCAACCGUGGACUCAUUUGCAGCAGAAAUUCAGAUUCUAGGACACAUUCGCCAUAGGAACAUUGUGAAGCUCUUAGGUUAUUGUUCCAACAAAAGUGUUAAGCUCCUCUUAUACAACUACAUCCCGAAUGGUAAUUUACAACAGCUUUUGCGAGGCAAUCGAAACUUGAGUUGGGAAGUAAGGUACAAGAUAGCUGUAGGAUCAGCUCAAGGCUUAGCUUAUCUUCACCAUGAUUGUAAACCGGCAAUUCUUCACAGAGAUGUGAAAUGCAAUAACAUACUCCUAGAUUCCAAGUUUGAGGCUUAUUUAGCGGAUUUCGGGUUGGCGAAACUGAUGAAUUCUCCAAAUUAUCACCAUGCAAUGUCCAGAGUCGCCGGCUCUUAUGGUUAUAUUGCACCAGAAUAUGGAUACACAAUGAACAUAACAGAGAAAAGUGAUGUGUACAGUUAUGGGGUGGUUCUUCUGGAGAUACUAAGUGGACGAAGUGCAGUGGAAUCACAAGUAGGAGAUGGAGUGCACAUAGUGGAGUGGGUGAAAAAGAAAAUGGGCAGCUUCGAACCGGCGGCAUCGAUUCUGGAUGCUAAGCUUCGAGGAAUGCCGGACCAACUGGUUCAGGAAAUGCUGCAAACACUUGGGAUUGCAAUGUUUUGUGUGAAUUCUUCACCAGCAGAACGCCCAACAAUGAAGGAAGUAGUGGCGUUGUUAAUGGAGGUUAAAACCCAACCUGAAGAAUGGGGAAAGACUUCUCAACCUCUAAUAAAGCAGUCAUCAAAUCAAAGUUAAAAAUUGUCUUUUUCUUGUGUAUUGUCAUUUUUAAAUUCCAAGAACAUCUAAAAACAAUGAGAAAAAGAGAGUGUGUGUGGAGAUAUUGUUGGAUCUGAAUGAUGGUGUUGAGGAGUCUGAUGUA